CUGUAUAUACUACAGUCUCCAAUGCUGCACCACACGGAAAUGAUGUGCUUCUUCGAAGAGAUCCACAAGCUUCAAAACAUCCAAAACAUCCUAAGCAUCCUAAAACAUCCAUGAUGCAAAAUUAA